GCGGGCGCGGAGCAAAGGCCGGCGGCAGCCCGCGGGGCGGGCACACAGGCACCGGGGCCGAGGAGCGCCGGGGGAGGCCGGCCGGCCGGCUCCGCGGCCAUGCGGGCCUCGUGGGUGCUGCUGCCGGCGCUGGCCGCCCUGUCCGCCUACUACAUCUACCUGCCGCUGCCCGGCACCGUGUCGGACGCGUGGAAGCUGAUGCUGCUGGACGCCACCUUCCGCGCCGUGCAGCAGACGUGUCACCUGAUUCACUAUUUGAGACUCAGCCAUCACCUGAUAGUUCUGAACUAUUUGAUUUGUACAUUUGACAAGCUGAAGUCUGUCUCUUCUGAACACAUUAACAUAACGGAUGCUGUUUUCGACGGUGUGGAAGUCAGAGUGUUUGAACCUCCUGGAAAACAAGAUGAAACGCUCAAGCGCAGUGUUGUUUACAUCCACGGGGGAGGCUGGGCCUUGGCAAGUGCAAGAACAAGCCUUUAUAACAACCUCUGCAGAAUCAUGGCUGAAUCUCUCAAUGCUGUGGUUGUUUCAGUUGAAUACAGGCUGGUACCAGAGGUGUGCUUCCCUGAGCAAUUCCAUGAUGCUCUUCGUGCUACAAAGCAUUUUCUGCAGCCUGAUGUCUUAGCUGAGUAUUCAGUUGACCCAAAUCGAAUUGCAAUUUCUGGUGAUAGUGCAGGAGGAAAUUUGGCUGCUGCUGUGUGUCAGCAGCUUAGCAAAGAUGAGCAUUUGACCGUCAGACCAAAACUGCAGGCCUUAAUUUAUCCAGUCCUUCAGGCAUUUGACUUCAAUACCCCUUCGUAUCAGCAGAAUAUGAAUAUGCCUGUUCUUCCCCGUUACGUCAUGAUCAACUAUUGGAUAGACUACUUCAAUGGUAAUCAUGACUUGGCUCACUCACUGCUGAUUAACAACCAUACUGCUCUCGAUGUUGGUCAAGCGCUCUCUUACAGAGGACGUCUGAACUGGACAUCUCUACUGCCUUCGUCAUUCAAGAAGAACUACAAGCCUGUAAUACAAACCACGGGCAAGGCUGAAAUAAUUCAGGAGAUACCAGCGCUCCUUGAUGUACGAGCAGUCCCACUGCUUGCAGAAAACGAAACUUUGCAGCUGCAGCCAAAGACUUACAUCCUGACUUGUGAGAAUGACGUCCUGAGAGAUGAUGGGGUGAUGUAUGCCAAGCGGUUAGAGAAUGCUGGCGUGGAAGUCACCCUUGAUCACUUCGAUGACUGCUUUCAUGGCUGUAUGAUAUUCACAAUCUGGCCUACUGAUUUCUCUGCAGGAAUUCAGACUAGAAACAGCUAUAUAAAAUGGCUUGAUGAAAACCUCUGAGGAGAGAGUCUCUAGAAGAUACGGGGUGCUCAACUCUAGUGUCUGUUCUUGCAAAAGAUCAAAGAAUGAAAAAGUGCACUUUUCCGAAUUCUGACUUCAUCCAUUCAGCUGCAUCCGUGGGGGGGGCAGACUAGCUGUAGCAUUUACUAGCUCAAUUGACCUUGCCCAGCAAAGUAUUUUGUGAAAUAUUUCUUCAGAUUUCAGGAUUUUUUUCCUUUUAAGAUAAUUUGCCUAACAUAAACAAAUGUUGAGCAAGGAGAUCAGCAUUCCUGUUGCAUUCUUAACUGGCUCAUUCUUAACUGGCUGAAACUUUCAAGCUUUGAAACUUUCAAGCUUUGAACCUUAAUUAGGCACAAGGGCCACAACUGUAAAAUGAUGCCAGAUAAAGUUGAAUGCUUACAUCUAUGUUUGAAUAUAUAAAUGGGAGAAGUAAUUUUCAA